UCGUAGAGAUCGGUCCGCUGAAAUUUCCUUCUAAAAAUAAUAUCCACAAAACGAGAGGAGAGCAAAAAUUCAAAGCGUGACCCACAUUGAAAGCUGUGAAUAUGUCAACCGUACAGACCGUUCUGGGCACCAUUACUCCCAACCUGCUGGGUCGAACUUUAACCCACGAGCAUGUCGCCCUCGAUUUCGAGCACUUCUACCGCCCGCCGCCGCCGGAUUUUGAGAGCGAACUCAAGGCGAAGAUCAGCAUGUCCACGCUGGGCUAUGUUCGCCUGUAUCCGUAUUCCAGCAAGGAGAAUGUCCGCUUCUACGAUGGAGAAGCCCUCGAGGCGGCCAAGAAGGAUGUGCUGCUCUACAAGAAGCACGGUGGCGGCAGCAUUGUGGAGAACAGCAGCUAUGGCCUGAAACGCAACCUGGAGUUCAUUGUGGAGCUGGCCAAGAGCACUGGUGUUCACUUUAUUGCCGGCACCGGGCACUACAUCCAUGCCAUGCAGGAUGCCAGCCAUGCCAGCUUAACCGUGGAGCAGAUGAGCGACUUGUACUCCAAGGACAUCAUCACUGGACAGCAGGUCAAUGGCCAGAUGGUCAAGUGCGGAUUCAUUGGCGAGGUGGCCAGCGUGUAUCCCAUUCAUGAUUUUGAGAAAAAUGCCAUUAAGGCGGCCGGCGAGAUCCAGGAAGUUCUUGGCUGUGGCGUUUCCAUGCAUCCGCAUCGAGUUACCAAGGCUCCAUUUGAGAUCAUGCGGCUUUACUUGGAGGCGGGUGGACGAGCUGACAAGUGUGUCAUGUCGCAUUUGGAUCGCACCAUUUUCGACAUCGAUGAGCUGCUGGAGUUCGCCAAGCUGGGCUGCUACAUUCAGUACGAUCUCUUUGGAACCGAGUGCUCCUUCUAUCAGCUGAACACCAGUGUGGAUAUGAUAUCCGAUGGCCAACGAAUCGAAAAUCUGACAAAGCUGAUUAAGGAGGGUUUGGUGGACAAGCUGCUCAUGUCCCACGACAUCCAUACAAAACAUCGAUUGACCUCCUAUGGCGGUCAUGGCUAUCAUCACAUUCAUACCAACAUUCUGCCCAGAAUGUUCGAUCGCGGUGUUACUUUGGAGCAAGUGGAGCAAAUGACAGUCACAAAUCCUGCAAACUGGUUGGCCUUCGACCCCUAAAGCUACAAAUUGUUGUUUUUUUUGGUAGCAUCUCGUAUCAUGUUAUUCUUGCUGAUAAGAUUAGCAUGGUUCUUUUGGCAAUAAUAAAUGGGCGUGUCUACGAGCACGAGCUAA